CUCUUAUAAAUUGCGCAUAUUCACUGCUACUGCAAGCUUAAAUUCCAAAUUCUAAUUCUUCCGAUUGCAGAUUGGUCGAGAUCGAGAGAGAGAAUAACACUAUGCUUCAGACUUACCCGCAUCCAUGCCCCGGACUCAGACUCGGACACGGACUCGGACUCGGACUCAGACUCAGACGCAGACUUGGUCCUCCUCCAAUCUGUGACCUCCUUGAACGAGGACAGGCGACAACAACUAGUAGUACAGUGGUAAAGAAACAAGUAAAUUACAUUAUCAAAGGAACCCAAUGCAAGAAUCCCAUCAUCUGUUCCUUCAGAUCAUCAUCUUGGCCCAAAGAAAGCACCAACAAGCAUUAUGUUUUUAGAAAAAUACGUAAACUACUCAGAAAGAAUGCUGUUCCUGCCAUUUCUGUACAGGAUAAUGAGAGUUUGUCGUCAACUUCUUCUAACUGGACUUCAAUCAUCAAAGACCACUUAAAUUCCUUGUAUCAAUUCUCACGUCCUCACACUGUGAUUGGCACUAUUAUUGGAAUAACAUCUGUUUCCCUUCUUCCGGUAGAAGCUUUUGUUGAUUUGUCUCCCAGAUUUUUUCUGGGAGUACUCCAAGCAUUGGUGCCAUCAGUGUUAAUGAACAUUUACGUGGUGGGAUUGAAUCAAUUGUUUGAUGUUGAAAUAGACAAGGUUAAUAAACCAUAUCUCCCACUUGCUUCUGGCAAAUUCUCAAUGGCAACUGGUAUCAUAAUUGUCUCUGCAUCUUUACUCCUGAGUCUUGCUAUGGGAAUUAUGUCUGAAUCUCCACCACUUCUUGCAGCACUCCUCAUUAGUUGUGCUCUUGGAAGUGUAUAUUCCAUUGAGCUUCCCUUUCUGAGAUGGAAGAAGCAUGCUUUUCUUGCUGCAAGUUGUAUACUGAUCGUAAGAGCAAUGGUUGUUCAACUUGCUUUCUUUGUACACAUCCAGAAAUUUGUUCUUGGAAAACCCAUAUUCAUUCCCAGAUCGUUGGUGUUUGCAACUGCUUUCAUGUGCUUCUUCUCUGCUGUUAUUGCACUUUUCAAAGACAUCCCUGAUGUGGAAGGGGACAGAGACUAUGGGAUUCAAUCAUUCAGUGUCAGUCUUGGCCAAGAAAAAGUCUUUUGGCUUUGCGUUACCUUGCUGUUUUUCGCCUAUGGCGCUGCUGCGGGAGUAGGAACUUUUUCUCCUUCGCUCCUACCCAUCAAGCUUGUCACAAUAGUAGGACAUAGCAUCAUUGCUGGGAAUUUGUUGAUCCAGGCCCUAUCGGUUGAUCUCACCAGCAAAAUUUCUAUCACUUCUUUUUACAUGUUCAUAUGGAAGUUAUUCUAUGCUGAAUAUUUCCUUAUCCCUUUUGUGCGUUGAGAUUGACAAGGAUUAAAGGCUCUGAUCUUCAAGAGGAUAACAUUGCUGUGGAGGAACCACUGUUAAAAGGACGGAAGAUUUUUUAUUUGGGGUCGGCUUUCUCUUUUCCUUUCUGUAUCAUAGAUUAUUUUAAUUUAAAUUUUAAUAUAUUAACCCCAAAUUAUAAAAAAUGCAAGUGUCUAUAUAUAUAUAUAUAUAUAUAUAAAGGGCAUUUGGGUCAUUUAUGCUUCAC